GGAGGAGCCAAUGGUCCAAUCCCUCAAAAUUUGAGCCUUUCUUCAUUUCACCCAACAAUUUUCAGGCUCCACCUGAGACGAUUCAUUAACUCCAUUUCAAAAGUUUCAAAUCUCUCUCUUUCUCAUUCUCUCACUCUCAGUGGUAUGAUUUCUUUAUGAUUGAAGGAAUUUUCAGUCUUCGACAUCAUUUAUUCCAAGUUUUUAGCUUGUUUCAGAGCAACCCAUAUUCUGUUUCUUGCAAUAGUCUUCUGGGUUCAAGAAGAACGGAGCUUCUGUUUCUUGGGCUGUUGGACUGAGAGACGGCUUCAACUGUGAGCUCCAAAUCACUCAAACCCAGCUGCAAAGCUAUCACUGGUUUUCUCUGAAGAAACCCACCUUUUAUUUGGUUCUAUAUAGCUUGAAUUGAUUGUUCUUGUAAGUAGUGCUUGAAAAUUUAAAACCUAGGGUUUUGCAAAACCCUAGUUUUAUGGGUUUUAGAGCUUGAAACCUUAAUCAGUGGUUGCCGUAAGUUUUUUUAGCAUUUGCAGAGGCUUAUUCAUAAACUUGUUCGGAAUUUUGAAAAUUGAAACAUUGAUUUUAUAUGAGCUAUAGAUUGGGGUUUUUGAUUUUAAGGUAGCUGUUGAUGAACAUUUUUAUUGAGAUUAUUUAAAUAUUGCUAAGUUAAGAACUGUUGAUUCACAAUGAGAGAAGAAAACCCAUCUGAAAAUCGAGUGAAAGCAUCAAGGUUUUCUGAUCAAAAUCAGAUGCCAAAGGGUAACAAUGUCAAAGGCAACAGCAAUAAUUCUUCAAAGUUACGGUCUUCGUGGGGGUCCAACAUUGUGAAGGGGUUUUCAGCAGAGAAGAAAACCAAGUUGCAGACCACAGUCCCGGCCAAGAAAGCACCGCUCACGAGCUCAGAUAUCUCAAACCAGAAGAACGCAUUUGUGCCUUCUCAUUCGCGGGUAAAGCGGUCUCUCAUUGGCGAUUUAUCAUGCUCGGUCAAUCCUACACAAGUUCAUCCUCAGGCAGUUCAUUUCCAUCGGACAAAGUCUUCUGGGUCUCGGGAUUUGUUGCUAGAGCUUGAUCAACUGAGAAGUUUGCUCCAAGAAUCAAAGGAAAGGGAAUUUAAGCUGCAAGCUGAGUUGUCCGAAUGUAAGAGAAAUCCAAAAAUUUUGGACCUUGAAGGGGAACUUGAAUUGAAGAAAAGUGAAAUUGAUAACCUUGUUUGGAAGGUUGCUUUGCUAGAAUCUGAGAAAACAAGCCUUUCUCAACAAUUGAUGCCUUUAACUUCUGCUUCAGAAAGGAAGAGUGAUAUAUCAGAAAAGGAUGAUCAUGAAAUUUCAACAGGACCACCUACGGGUAAUCCUGAAAUGGAGGUUGUCGAGUUGAGGCGUCUGAACAAGGAGCUCCAGCUUCAGAACAGAAAUCUUGCUUGCAGACUCUAUUCCAUGGAAUCCCAGUUGGCCUCUCACACAAAAAUUUCUGAGAGUGACACUGUUGAGAAGAUCAAAGCGGAGUCUUCUUUGUUAAGGCACACAAAUGAAAAUCUCUGUAAACAAGUUGAAGGUCUACAAAUGAGCAGGUUAAACGAGGUUGAGGAGCUUGUCUACCUGAGAUGGGUCAAUUCGUGUCUACGGAAUGAGUUGCGCAAUCUCUCAACCAUGAAUUCUGAUAAGGCAUCAAGCCCUAGUUCAGUUGAGAGGAGUAGUGAAUCUCUUAGCUCGUCUUCUUGUCAGAGUAAUGAAAACUCAGAAUAUAGUAGUGCUAAGAAGAGGAUAAAUCUGAUCAAAAAGUUGAAGAAAUGGCCUGUUAUUGGUGAGGAUUUGCCAACUUUAGAAUGCCUUGAUAAUGUCUUAGAUAAAAGUUGGGUUGUCUUGGAGAGUCCUAGAAGAAGACACUCCAUAAGUGGAUCAAGAUGCUGUGCUGAAGAUUUGCUAAAAAAUAUGAGAAGGCAAUCUGAUGGUUUUAUGUGUUCAAAAGAAAUGGAAAAGGAGGAAGAACUGCCGGUUUCUCCAAAGCAUGAUAUGGGUGUGGUCCAAAGGCCCCAUUUUUUUAGCAACUGCCAUGAAAGUAAUAAAUUGACAGCUUCUUUGGAUGUUGAAAAACGAGCCUUGCGUAUUCCUAAUCCUCCUCCAAGACCUUCUUGUACCAUUUCUAGCGGACACAAAGAUGGUCCGGCUCAAAUUCCACCACCUCCUCCACCUCCACCUCCCCCACCACCUCCUCUGAAGUUUGCAGCUAGAGGUAAUACAGGAAUGGUGCAGCGAGCCCCACAAGUGGUUGAGUUCUACCAUUCACUUAUGAAGAGGGACUCUAGGAAAGAUUCUUUAAAUGGAGGAACCUGUGAAGUCCCAGAUGUUGCAAAUGUUCGUAGUAGCAUGAUUGGUGAAAUUGAGAAUCGAUCAUCACAUUUGCUUGCUAUAAAGGCAGAUGUUGAGACUCAAGGAGAAUUUGUGAACUCUCUUAUAAGAGAAGUCAAUAAUGCAGUUUUUCAGGACAUUGAAGAUGUGGUCGCAUUUGUUAAGUGGCUUGAUGACGAACUUUGCUUCCUUGUGGAUGAAAGGGCAGUCCUAAAGCACUUUGAUUGGCCAGAGAAAAAGGCUGACACACUAAGAGAGGCAGCAUUCGGUUAUAGAGAUCUCAAGAAGUUGGAAUAUGAAGUUUGUAAUCACAAGGAUGAUCUUCGAUUGCCCUGUGACAUUGCACUAAAGAAAAUGGUUGCUUUGUCUGAGAAGAUGGAACGCACCAUUUAUAACCUUCUCCGGACGAGAGAGUCAUUGAUGCGUCAUUGUAAGGAGUUCCAUAUUCCUACAGACUGGAUGCUUGACAAUGGGAUAAUAAGCAAGAUAAAGUUUGGCUCAGUCAAGUUGGCAAAGAAGUACAUGAAGAGGGUAGCAAUGGAGCUUCAAUCCAAGGGGGCACCGGACAAAGAUUCUGCCAUGGAUUAUAUGCUACUUCAAGGAGUGAGAUUUGCCUUCCGAAUCCAUCAGUUUGCCGGAGGAUUUGAUGCAGAAACAAUGCAAGCAUUUGAGGAACUUCGCAAUCUUGCUUUUGUUCUGAACAAAAAGUAGAGAAAAAAAAAGUGGGGUCGGGGGGAUACAGGCUUACAAUCUCAGUAAGCAUCAUAUGGUAUCAUAUAAUACAUCAUGUUUGUGCAGUCUGGAAAAGGAAGUGUGGUUUUGUUGGUGUGUGUUCCCUCUGUUUUGCAACUAGUUAUUUUCAAGUAUUGCACGAGGAAAAUGAAUGAAUUUUGUGUAGAGCUUUUGAGGUAGACAAUUGAUGACAAAGCUUGACGAGAGAAUGCAGUUUUUGUGUGACUUUCGUUUCUUCAAAAAUAUAUGGA